CACUGACGUUGUCCAACGGAGGAAAAUGUCGAUGGGCUGUUUGUCAAUGAGGGACACCACGACUGUUGUAACGUUAACUUGCAAAAGACGAGGCGCAACAAUGGCCCCCACAUUGUCUGGUGGGUUUAGCAGAAGCACCAUUUUUGUUUUAUCCGUGGCUUUAAUGCUGCAGACAGUUUUGGGAGACGGAAAGACUCUCAUUCUGCUGGAAAAUCCCAACAUUAGAGACACUCAUUCAAUUUUCUUCCGCAGUUUAGCAGAUCGUGGGUUCGACCUUACAUUCAAGACUGCUGAUGAUCCUGGUCUCUCUCUGAUCAAGUAUGGCCAGUUCCUCUAUGACAAUCUCAUCAUUUUCUCUCCAUCUGUGGAAGAUUUUGGGGGCAACAUCAAUGUAGAGACUAUUACAGCCUUCAUUGAUGGUGGACGAAAUGUUCUUGUUGCUGCCAGCUCUGAUAUUGGUGACCCUCUGAGAGAGCUUGGCAGUGAAUGUGGUAUUGAAUUUGAUGAGGAGAAGACUGCAGUCAUUGACCACCAUAAUUAUGACAUUUCAGACCCUGGAGAGCACACCCUGAUUGUUGCAGAUCCAGAGAAUCUUCUUAAAGCCCCAACUAUAGUUGGCAAGCCCACUGAAAAGCCAGUCCUGUUCAAAGGUGUUGGCAUGGUGGCUGACCCAGAUAACUCUCUAGUGUUGGACAUACUGACAGGCUCCUCCACCUCUUACUCUUACUUCCCUGAUCGUCCUAUCACACAGUAUCCUCAUGCAGUUGGAAAGAACACCCUCCUGAUUGCUGGUCUCCAGGCAAGAAACAAUGCACGUGUGGUUUUCAGUGGGUCACUGCACUUCUUUAGUGAUGCUUUCUUCAACUCGCCAGUGCAGAAGGCUACCCCUGGGUCAAAAAGAUAUCAGCAAACUGGUAACCAGGAGCUGGCUGAGGCCCUGUCACGCUGGGUAUUUAAGGAGGCAGGUGUUCUCAGGGUUGGCGCUGUUACCCAUCAUCCUGUAGGAGAGAGCUUCCCCCCUGCUGCUUACACCAUCACUGACCUUGUGGAAUUCAGCAUUGUGAUUGAGAUGUUGUCUGGUGGCAAGUGGGUGCCCUUUGAUGGAGAUGACAUUCAGCUGGAAUUUGUCAGAAUUGAUCCAUUUGUUAGGACGUACCUCAAGAAAAGUGGUGGAAAAUACAGUGUACAGUUCAAGCUUCCAGAUGUGUAUGGAGUGUUCCAGUUUAAAGUUGACUACAACAGACUGGGCUACACACACCUGUACUCCUCAACCCAGGUUUCUGUCCGGCCCUUGCAGCACACCCAAUAUGAGCGCUUUAUUCCCUCUGCCUUUCCAUAUUAUGCCAGUGCUUUCUCUAUGAUGGCAGGACUCUUUGUGUUCAGUGUUGUCUUUCUUCACAUGAGAGAGAAAGAGAAGUCAGAUUAAAAUGGGUAUCAGUAAUGAAAAAUAGAGAGGCUCCAGACUUCUAGCACAAGUCAGGAUGAAUAGACGUCUGAAAUAUGUUGGUGUGGGCUCCUUUUGGUGAGUUAGAGAGUGUGCCAUUACAUCUUAAGGCAGCGUUUGUAAAUUUUAGAUUUUUUUUUUAAACAUUUUUCUGGGUAAUGAACAUGUUUUGCUUCUUUGGAGUGGUUUGCAUUUGGUUAUUUAAAUUGAUUCAGAGGGGCACAUCAUCUUUUUAUUUGUAUGAAAGGCAAAAAUUAAUGAUCUGAUACACUAUGCACUGAUGUUUGGCUCUUGCUAUGAAGAGAUUGUUUUGAGUUCUACAAUUUGUUAACAAAAGAGGAAUGGAUGUUCAAAAUGUGGUUGAAACAUCUGGGGUCAAUAAAGUUCACAUUCCAC